CUUCAUGCACAGGUUCAAGUUCACACACAUUUGGAAAAUCACCAUCUACGCAGAGAAGUACACGGAUGUCAGCAGAAUCUGGACUGACAGCAAGACCUUACCGACACUGUCGUUGGAGAGGAGGAGACACAAAGGCUGACAUCUGCUGAGCAACUUUCGUUCUUCUAUUGCUUCAGUUGUAGCUGCAUUUUGUCAUUUACAGCAGGUGACAAACGCAAGGGACAGAAACACAGAGACAGAGAGGAAUGAAAAGAGCAUCCCUUGGUACCGACAACAUUUCCACCCUCCAGUGCGCAGCAAGGAAGAACAUUCCCAUGAAGAUGGAGUCAUGCAGCAUGAUGAUGAACAGAAUUCUUGCUGUCUUCUCGGUUAUGCAGUUGGGUCUGUUCCCUAUUAUGGCUCAGAAAGAGGAACUACAGACUGGGAUUGCAGGACAGAAGGUGAUCCUGAACUGUAAAGGCAUAACUCCUGAAGCAGCAGUGACCUGGAAGUACUAUGCAACUGUUGUUAGGUGGUUUACAAGUAACAUUCUGAAAGGCAAAGGCAAAGCUCCAAUGACCGAUCGAUCUGAAAUGGACCAGAAUAAUAAAUCUCUAAUGGUGUCAGACUUGAGGCUCUCCGACGCUGGCCGCUACAGCUGUGAAUGCGAAUCUCGCCUGGUGGUCACUAUCUCACUGCAUGUCUUUGAAUUGACAAUUUCUUUAAAUGGGCACUUUCUGCCAAAUGAAGCUCCUGAGCUGAGCAUAAUGCAAAAUUCAUCCAAUUCCCAACCUGAUCUCAGCAUCGGAUUGUUCAACAAUCACAAUAACACAGAAACACCAGAAAUCUUACGAAAGGAGGCCCCUCGCAAAUACAUACUGAAGCUAAAGCAACUGCAACCUAAGGACAGUGGGACCUGGAGAUGCCACAUCCAUUCAGACUCUCCAUUGACUAAUCAGAACAUUGUCUUUGAUUUGAAGGUAUUAGGUUUUCAAAAUCCAGCCUUGGAAACAAAGUACGCAACUGUUGACAGCAUCGUCAUCUUGUCAUGGCAUCUGAACUUCCAGGAGAUAAAAUGGAAAGAAGGUUUCACAGGUCAACUGAAUUGGAAACCACAGCGAAAUGCAACCUCUUAUAUGCUAUUUGACUUCAGUGUCACAGCCUGGGGAAAGCUGUAUUUGACCAAAAAAAGUAGCCCCUUUCUGUUUGAGGAACCUACAAUGGGAUCUUCAGGUGUCCUGGAAGUCAAACUCAAAAAAGUCCAGUUCAAGCACUCUGGGCAGUACCAGAUCCAGCUGGUGUACAACAGAAGAUAUGUACAGAGCAAGAUAGAGCUGUUGGUGAUGAAAGUCUCAGCUAACCCUGUUGGGCCACUUGCCAGAGGGGCUGAGAUGACCCUGCUCUGCCAGGUCUCUAGUCCCCUCCCACCCAAUGCCCAUCUAUGCUGGGAACAUGUGAAUGGGACUCAGAUGGACGUUAAGAAGUCAAAACAGCAUGAAGCAAAGGUGGAGGUGACUGUCAGCACUGCAGGACUGUGGAACUGUCACCUCAUAGAAGACAACAACAGGAAGAUCAGCCUUAAUUACACUGUGGAGGAAGCUCCUGCUUGGAUUAGCUAUAGGGUAAUUGCAGUGAGUACUGGAGCCAGCGUGUUGGUGUUUGGCGUUGCAUGCUUGUGUAUAAUCACUGGUAUGAGCUGGCAGCGGAGAAGGCAACGGGCAAAAAGGAUGGCAUUAGCUAGACAACACUGGCUGGAAAACAAGACGUGUCAGUGUCAACACCGGCUGAAUUAGUAAUAUUGCAGCACUUGAGCCAGAAGGAUUGCUGAAGUCUUGGCCUGUAAUGAAAUGCCUGCCAGCCCACAGUGCUUCCUGUGAAUCCAUCUCCCUUUCUCCUCUUUUGACAGAAUUCUUUAUUCCUUCAUCUUCCUCCCAGUCUAAUGCCAUGGAGGGAUGUCGUCUGGCUAGGAGCCAAUGGGGAAGACAAGAAACCUUUUAGGGUUAUGGUUGAGCCCCAGUUCUAUAAUGAGAGACACUGAAUAGAAGGGUAUACAUGCUUGUAUUUUGCUUAUGCACCUAAUUUGACCUUCUUGUGGAAUUUAUUUUAUACCCUUAUUUUAUCUGCCUGAGCUACAAUAAAUUACUUCAG